AUGAACGUCUUCUUCUCUCGCGUUGCCGACGCCACGGAGCCACUCUCUCUUCAUCGCCGGAGAAAACGCAUCUCCUCCGUCGCGUAUUCCAACCACCAGAGACACCUACGUCGUAAUCUCACUCAACAACCUCAAUCAAAAAGAUCCAAAUUUUCGGCGAGGAAGCUUGCUUCGAGGCUUCAAAAGUGUCCUCCUCAAGGCCAAGCCGGUCCGGUUUGUCAUGGUCCGACCAAUAUUGAGCCCAGAUCUUGUUAA